AUGGAUCAAGAAUAUUAUAAUCUUCGUAAAGCUGGUAAAGUUGAUGAUAUACUCCUUUAUAUAGAAGAUGUUGUAUCUAACUAUCCUCUGAUUCAGGUUCCUAAUUAUAUAGAACCUCUUCAACUUAGAAUAAAAGAUUUCUCGAAAUCCAAGAUUGUCGUAUUAGAACAUAUCGUUCCAAAUGAUAUAUCAACUUUUACUACUAUCUUGGAAGAUUUCUUUAUCCAAAACUACCAUGAUAAAUCACAAGCUCUUAAGGACAAUAUCGAUAAAAGAUACGAUCAUUCGUGGAACUUGGUCCAGGAGGCACAAAAACCCAACUAUGAUAAAACUCAAUAUUUCAACAUUUUGAUGGAAUCCAAUGGUUCUUCAGGCCCAACCUAUAAACCAAGCUAUCAAAUGGAUCAUAAAUUCUAUAUUGUCGAAUUAUUAACAGACAAGACACCGGACGGCUCACGGUUCUAUUUUAAAGACCAGAGACUCUUAACCAAGUCAUAUAUCAGUGCAUGCAGCAAUUGCCACACCACAGUACACAACAACUACCGAUGUGAAGUCAAAUGCAGGACCUGUAGAGUAUUAGGCCACUCAGCAGCAAAUCACAAACGAUGGAAAUCGGAACAAAAGGCUGCUGAAUUAAGAGAAGCAAAUGAAUGGAUUGAAAACAUUAAAUCUAAACCUAUUAGGAAUAGAAAAAAUCCCUCUCCAAAAAAGAUCAACAACAAUACUACUCAAAUAUUCAACCCAAUCUCCAAGAAUAAGGAUCUUCAAGUCAACCUGUUUAAUGUGUUCGAUACUUUAAAUGAACAAAAUGAAUCAACUGGGGAUGUUGUUUCAUCCAAUGAAUCUUUAAUUGAAAUUGAUGAUGAGGAGUCACAUUUCACAACUACCAAAUCUACCACCAAACCAACUCAACAAACUGUAACCGAACCUACUACUCCAACUGCAAAGAGUUCUAACAAACGUCCAAUAUCCAAAUCUCCGGAAAACUCAUCUUCCAGUUCAAUUAACGUUGGACGUCCUCAACAAGCUACUCCUUCCAAAACUUUUAAAUCUUUCCAUAACGAAACACCAAAAAAUCCCAUCAAAUAUUCACCCCGAAAAAUAGCAUCCUUACCAACCACAAGAGCGGGUAGAUCUACAUCAACAACACCAAUUCCUAUAUUAGGGGCUCUCAUGAAUCCAUUUGCUGCAGUUCUUGCUAAGCGAGAUAAUCCUCCUACUCCACCAACUAACCAGGGGGUGGAAUUGAAUAAUCAACCUGAUGAUAAACCUAAUCCGCUUAUAGAUCAGGAACAGAACCAAAUGCAACUUGAAAAUGUUCAAACAGCCAUAACUAAUCCAGAUUCAUCAAAUAUGGAUCCCUCAAACGAGGUUCUGCUACUUCCAAUAAAUAUCCAAUCUUCGGUUGACCUUCAAAACAUCACUGAUGGUUAUCAUCCAAAUAAUAAUAUUAAUGAGUAA